CUAUGGAGUUGUUUCUUGUAGUGGGUUUCCCAGGGGAAAAAAAAAUGCAUCUUCAAUAGCAUUCAUUUAUGUGUUUCUUUGAAAGCAUUGGAGAAUUUGUUUGCAGUGAAAUUGGAUACCUCUGGCCUGGAUUUGCUUUAACUCCACCCCUAGGUGGAUCUGAGCUUGUCUGUGGGGGAAGUGCUUCUGAGUAAAUGAAAGUAAAACUUAGCUGGAGCCAUUUUAAGUCUACAAGCCGUGUUGUCUCCAUAGGACCAAGGGAAGAUGUUUUAUUUUCAUGCUAUCAAAGUUAUUCCUCUUUACUUUUAAACAGGGAUGUUAGACUGCAAGAGCUAUUAUACGAACCAAAGAACUAGCCUUUGGAGGCUUACUGUCACCCUUAGCUCCUUUCUCCUUCUCUAGAGGGAAGUUUUCCUGUAGUUAAUGGAUUAGUUUACACCACGGGAGUUUCUUUUCUUGUGCUCAGAUAAGUGAGAUGAAUUAUGCUCAUCGGUAUGGACGAACUUCAGGGGUGUUCCCUCGACAGACACCGUAACCAUCAGUUACAAGACUAUGAUCGAAGCAAACCCAGACAACAGCUGGGGCAGGGAUUCUUUCCCGAUAGAUUCCGAAAUCAGCAGAUAGAGUUCCUGAGGGGACAGAUCCUAGAAGUGCCCCUGAUCAGACAGCAGACAUCAACAUCUUUUCCGGCCAGGGAGAGGCCAAGUUUUACAGGACCACCUGCUGGUGUGAGGCAGCCUGGGAACUGGAAUAUUGUAAGGCCACCUCCUAGCAAUCCCCCCCCCUGGAAAGGCUCACAUUCCCCAAGAGGCAGAGCCACAUCGAGGCAAGGUGUGUCUAAGCUUACCUUUAAUUUCCAACAGCUGUCUAUCAGUCAAGAUCAGGAAGAAAGGAUUUUGAAACUUUUAGGGGACCUUGGGGAAGGGCAGUCUGCUACAGUAUAUGACCUUGCCAAGAAACUUGGGGUCCAAAAGAAGGAAGUAAAUCGAGUUUUGUACCAUCUGCUGAAGCAGGGCAAGCUACACAAGGAAGAAGGCACACCCCCCAACUGGAGUAUCCCAACCCAAUUCCAUGGUUGGAGACAGUCUAACCAAGCUCUGAGACAGGGUUUCAAAAAGGGUCCAAACAAAAGCCCCAGUUCAGAUUUGAAAGACAGAAAUUUUAUACCUGACUCAGAUCCAUUUAGUUUUGUCGACAUGGCUGAGAUCAAGGAGAAAAUCUGUGCCUACUUAUUUGAUGUUCCAGAUUCCUCCGCGCUGAACUUAGCCAAAAACAUCGGCCUUGCUAGGGCCCGAGAUGUAAAUACCUUACUCUUUGACUUGGAAAGGCAGGGAGAUGUUCGAAGAGAAGGAUUCACUCCUCCCAAGUGGUCACUGACAGUCAAAAAGCGAGAGAGAAUGCAAUUUAAAAAAAAUGAAAAUAUCCCAGUAGAUAGCCAGACAGGUAUUGGGGUUGACCCAGGUAACUCAGAUGUCACCACCACAUGCACUACUAAGAAAGAAGAGGAUACUGUUGAGAAUGGACAUCAGCCACCAUCAGGGCCCACAGAGGAUGGCAAUGUGGCCGUCCCAGGAUUGCUUGAGGAACCCCCAUUUCGAUACAGUAACCCCUUAGACCUGAGUGUUGAAAAUGGUCAGUGGGCCACAGACGACAUCCCAGAUGAUUUAAAUAGCAUUAAACAUGCAGACGACCUGCACUCCAUAAUGGAUCUACCCACCUACAUGGCCCGUGUUGGUGCCUCAUCACAGUUCACAGCUAUCAAGAAACUAACAGCUUGCCGACAGAAGAACCCCAUCAGUGGACUGUUAGAGUAUGCUCAAUUCACCUGCCAGACCUGUGAGUUCACACUCUUAGAACAGAGUGGCCCGUCACACGAACCCCGAUUUAAAUACCAGGCUGUGAUCAGUGGCCGACGGUUCCCUCCAGCAGAAGCUGGCAGCAAGAAGCUGGCCAAGCAAGAUGCCGCUGCAAAAGCCAUGACAGUCCUAUUUCAAGAGUCUGGAGUCCAGGAGAGAAGGAGCUCUGCAGGGCUACCUCAACCCAUGGAAGAGGGAUCAGAGAAGCCUUCACCUCCAGAGCCUGAAUCCUCUUCUGUCGGCUCCUCAAGUGUUCUUUUUGGGAAGAACCCCAUUAGUGUAUUGAUGGAGCAUGUGCAAAAAUCCGGGAGCUCCUGUGAAUUCCUCCUCAUAUCCCAGGAAGGCCCAGCUCAUGACCCCAAGUUUAAAUACUGUGUAAAGUUGGGAGGUCAGACGUUUCCAACCAUGAUGGCCAAUAGCAAGAAGGCAGCAAAGCAGAUGGCAGCUGAGGUGGCUGUGAAGACUCUCUGUGGAGAUCCUAGCCUGAACCCUUGGACCAAGCAGCCAAACCUUGACUACUUUAGUGAUCAUCUUGGUGCCCUAGCAGAUCCAGCAGCUCUCAAGGCAAAGAAGAUUGGGGAUCUUAUCAAGUACCUGAAUGCCAAUCCUAUCAGUGGCCUGUUUGAAUAUGCCCGGUCCAAUGGCUUUGCUGCAGAAUUCAAGUUGGUAGACCAGUCUGGACCUCCCCACGAGCCCAAGUUCAUUUACCAAGCAAAAGUUGGGGGUCGCUGGUUCCCAGCCGUCAGCGCACACAGCAAGAAGCAGGGCAAGCAGGAGGCGGCUGAUGCAGCCCUGCGGGUCCUGAUUGGAGAGACAGAGAGGGCUAAGCGCACAGGGGCCUUGGGCAUUUCAGAGCUUCCUCUGACUGGUAGCACCCUCCAUGAUCAGGUGGCAAUGUUGAGCCACCAGUGCUUCAGCUCUCUCACUGCACCCAUACAACAUAGCCUGCUUGGCCGAAAGAUCCUGGCCGCCAUCAUCAUGAAGAAAAGCGAUGAUGACCUGGGCCUCGUGGUCAGCUUUGGAACAGGGAAUCGCUGUGUAAAGGGAGAAGAGUUGAGUCUAAAGGGGGAGACAGUCAAUGACUCCCAUGCUGAAAUCAUCUCCCGGAGGGGCUUUAUCAGGUUUCUCUACCAUGAGUUAAUGAAAUACAGCCCUGUGACCUGGAAAGACAGUAUAUUUGAGCUCGCCCAUGGAAAUAAGCUACAGAUAAAAAAGAAUGUGACUUUCCACCUUUACAUCAGUACUGCCCCUUGUGGAGAUGGCGCCCUCUUUGACAAGACCUGUAGUGAUCCUCCAGAGGGUUACAUGGACACCCAGCACCAGCCACUCUUUGAGAACCCUAAACAAGGCAAGCUACGCACCAAGGUAGAAAACGGAGAAGGUACAAUCCCAGUGGAGUCGAGUGACAUCCUGCCAACGUGGGAUGGCAUUCAGCAUGGAGAAAGACUUCGUACUAUGUCCUGCAGUGAUAAGAUUCUUCGUUGGAAUGUGCUUGGCCUGCAGGGGGCAAUGCUCUCCCACUUCUUGCAGCCUAUUUAUCUCAGCUCAGUCACUCUUGGUUACUUGUACAGCCAGGGUCACCUGACACGGGCAAUCUGCUGCCGUAUGUCCAAAGAGGAAAAUACAUUCCGAGAAGGGCUAAAGCCUCCAUACACUGUCAAUCAUCCAAAGGUGGGCAGGGUCAGUGUAUACGAUUCCGCAAGGCAGACUGGGAAAACCAAGGAGUCCAGUGUUAACUGGUGUGUGACUGACAGAACUGAAAUCGAGGUCCUGGAUGGCACCAAAGGCAAAGUGGAAGGACCAAGGCUCGACGUGUCCCGUCUCUCCAAGAGGAGCAUGUUCAGCCUGUUUCAGCAGCUGUGUGCCCACCACAACCGCAAGGACCUACUGAGGCUUGUUUCCUAUAAUGAAGCCAAGGAAGCUGCCCAGGACUACCAGGUGGCCAAGCGCUACUUCAUAAAAGGCCUGAAGGACAUGGGCUUCGGCAGCUGGAUCAGCAAACCUCUGGAGGAAAAGAACUUUUCCCUCUGUGAUGCAUAGUGUGCUCAGCCGGUCGUUCAGGGGUGUUUUCAGGGUUUGGGGUGGGAGGCGGGUGGUAGCACUCUUUUAUUAUGUUGGUGUUUUAUUCUGUUUUUAAUGGACCCAGGAUUGCUAAUAUUUAGGGCUUUGGGUUCCCAUUUGUCCUGCCUCCUUUGGGGUUGUCAGGGUGGGGGAGGGUGAGCGAGGCCUUGCCACCACCUGUAUUCCCAGAGAAGAGGCAGAAAUCUGUGGGCAAGAGAAAAGCUCUUCCUUCUGUAAUAAGCAAAAGCAAUCAUUGGGCAAAUGCAAGCUGUUCCCUCAAGCUUUUUCUUUGCUACAUUCACUUCUUGAGGUCUUGAUUAGGUUCCAGUCAACUCUUUGUGAUUCAGAGACUGAUAUAAUUUGUGGAUUAUCCCAGGCCCUUUGGCUUCUCACCUUCCCUUCUUUCGCCUUCCUUAAACUGUCUGGCUCCUCCACAUUUCCCCUGAGGAGGGUGAAUGCAGUGGAAUGCAGAAUUUCAGGUACUGGGCAAAAUAUUUGCAAAGAAAAGAAAGGCUGAAGUGACACAGUCAACUUGGUUAUCUGUGCCAGUAAAGGAAAGUGUUAGUAUAAUCAAAACCUAUGGCUGAUCUACCCAGAAAACCCAGCAGUCAUGUGUCCUUCUCCCUCGUUGAGAGUGGGUGGAUGUGGAAAGCAUAAUACUGACUCGUAGCGAUAAUGGGAGGGAGGAAGCAGAGGAGGAAAGAAACUCUUCAGGGCUGCAUUUUUAGUUCCCCAAUUCAAUAAGGCAAAAACACUACUGGAGGGGGGUGGAGCCCCCAAAUCCCAGCUAUUAUUAAACCCCAUUGCUGGUGAUUGCUUGCAUAGUAAUUUCCCUACUAAAGGUAAGAGGGCCUUUACCCCAAAACAGCUGAGUGGUACAAACCCUGAAUCAGAUCCCAAAGGUGGUACAUAACCACCUCAGCUUAAAUCUGUGAUCAGCUAAUCAAUGGGGAACAAGAAGAAGGAGAGCAUGGCAGCUGCCAUGCUGGGAGGGCUCAGGCCAGCUUCAGUUCAAUCAAGUACUAGAGAUCUCUUGCUAGCUGUGCCAAGGAAUGUUGACUUAUAUUGGCAAAAAUAGGGGGGUUAAAAAUACACUUUAUUAAUUUUUCAUUCCCACAGGUAACCAAGAAUUUUCAUUCAAAUUUAAAAUUAGUACCUUAAUCCUUCAAUUAUAUUAGAAGUAUUUCCAUGUGGUUUUGAUAAUUGAUUUCUAGAGAUGACUCUCGACCAGUACAUAGGCCCAUAGGAUGGUUCCUUUCCCCUGCUUGUUAGGGAGAAAGUGGACAUUGUAGGCAAAAAACAAGGUUUCCUGAAAUUGCUAACUUAACUCUGAGUUAGAUGCUUAGGCCCAGUGUCUCCUUGGCCCGAGAAAUUCUUGUCUCCACCUCCAUCACCUUAACUCUCAAGCUGGGGUAAAGAUUAGCCAGAAACCUGAGGGAGAAUAGCAGAAACAUUUCACCCUUAACAUCUGUCUUUUCUCCAGCUCUGCCUAGAAUGGUACUGAUACAGUUAUACCUGUUAUCUUGCCAAGACAUCCCCCUUCCUGUUCUCCAAGCAGUCUACUGGUCCAGCUCUCUGUUCAUAUCUCCACACCUCCAGAGAAACACAAACAUAAACAUACACACAUUCAUAUCGAUAUAUAUAUGUAUCUAUAUACACACAUUCGCUCUGUAGCUCCUGCAGUCUAUUUUCUUAAUCAGAAAUUAUCUAAGGUGAGUGAGGAAAGCCAGGAUGUUGUGACAUGGUAAGAGUAUCUUUGCAGCAUACCAGAAAGUCCCAAGGAACUUGUGGGAAAAUAGUGCCCCAUCUGCUGAGAAGGGCUAGGGCUCUUGUCCCCAGUCUCCAGUAUACAUUUCAUCCCUUUGAAUCAUAGGUUGGAUGAAGCUGGUAAUAUCCUGGGACCUGCCCCAGGGGGACAGUGAGAUCCUGUGACAACUGUGGUUAGGAACCUCCUAGAAAGAAGUGCUUUCGUCCCAGGUCCCCAGAUUAAGAGCAUUAUCAUCUCUUUCUUCCUCCUUUAUUACUGGUUGAUGGAAGUGGAGUAUUUGACAACCCCCACCACAGUCUGCCUUGGUUGUACAUUAGAAAGCCUCCAACAAACACACUUUCUUGGCUCUGGCUCUCAUCAUGAAGAAUGGUGAAUGUUAUUCUUAUGAUAGAGCUCAAAGGUGUCAAACACACCUCCGUCCCUCAUUAGUGAUUCUGUUUCUGCCACAAGAGCAUUGAGCAAGGGAUGUGUGUUUGAGCCUGUGGUAAUCCUACCCUACUCUUCCUUCCUACUUCAUUCACCACCACCACCACCACCUCCCUUUGUCUGCUGUUGAGCAGUGGAGGAGGGGAGGUGCAAUUUCCCAAGGAUGGAUCUGAUAGCAUUUUGUGAGAUUUCUUCUUGGCUCUUUUCUUUUAAUAAGCCCCUUAUCACGAUCCUCCUCCACCUUCCUACCAAAGGGUGGGAAAAUGCUGUGGUUGAUAAGCCUGAACCAUUGCAAUUAUAUAUCCCGUAGAGAAAUCACUUAGCAUAAAUUUUCUCCACCUGAACCAAUUUCCCUUUUGAACCUGAAGGGACUUAGUUUGCUGUUUGGGGGGCUUUUGGCAAUAGCUCUUAAGAGCAGAAAGAGAAGCAAAUGUAAAUGUGAGAAAACUGACCACAAUAUGCUUGUUUUAUAAUUCCGCCUUUAAGUAUCCCUAGUUAUCAGUGAUUGAAGAUAUACAUUCCUCAUAAGAAAUAAAGGAAACUUUCUGUGUUGUUAGACAACCUUAGUUCUAUAACUCAUUUGGUGAGUUAAAAAUGUGGAGAGGGAACCGUAAGACCCGGGAUUUUUUAAAUGCUGAGGAGCUGAUUGCAAACCUGUUCUGGAGAGCUAGUGCAUCUGCUUGAUGGCAGAAGGAAGCAUUUCAAAGGGGCUGCUGAAACAAAGGGAAACUGUAUUUUGGCUGUAUUUGCCAGUGGGAACAUCACAGACAGCUCCCAGCCCCAGCCUGCUCCAUCAGUGUCCUCCUGUUGGCAUCACUUUUUCCACAGGGCCUUGGUCUGCUUUUUUUUUCCAAGGUCAGAGCAUAUUGUAAACUAGACCAGCUUUGACUGCUUGUUUUAAUGGAAUUGGACUUCGGCCAUUUGCUUUUUGAUGCGUUGAUAAUACCUUGAAUGUGUCUCUCCCCUUCCUUUUAUGGAGUACCCAUUAUUUCCUAAGGGACCUGUUGUUUCUUUUAAUCUCAUGAAGUUGCUUGCAAAAUAUGUAGGUGUGUACUUUGAAAAAGAAAAUAAGUAUUGCAUCAACCUAUAUGGAAGCUAGUUAAGAUUAAAAAACCAGAUCAUUUUCCUUUU